AUGCCCAUAGAGAACCUCCGGAUGAUUGAGAGGCACUACUUCAGGGAGAAGCUGCUCAAGAGCUUUGAUUUUGAAUUUGGCUUCUGUAUGCCCAGUAGCAAGAACACCUGCGAACACAUCUACGAGUUCCCCCCUCUGUCUGAAGAUGUCAGUGAGUACACACGUACACACACACACACACACACACACACACACACACACACACACACACACAGACAGUGGUGGUAUGUGGUGAUUUUGAUUUGUUUGGCUUUAAUCUAUACAAUGUGACUGUGUGUCUGUCGCCCCCUGCAGUGCGAGAGAUGAUCCUGCACCCGUACAAGACGCAGUCCGACAGCUUCUACUUUGUGGACAACAAGCUGGUGAUGCACAACAAGGCAGAAUACUCCUACAGUGGCGGCCCCUAG